AAAAUAUUCAUGUACUUAAUUCAAAAUUUUAAUGUAUAGUUUCUCAGUUAAUAAAAUGUUUAUACUUAGGUUAAUUGUCCUUAACAAUGGUUGCUCAAAAAUAUAAAAUAGAUGUACUCAAUAUUUGUUCUAGUAUUUAUUAAACUUGAACCAUUUUUACAAAUUAUUAAUGUUGAUAGGUAGAUUAAUACAAUUUUUGUUUUAUUUGAAUUAUAAAUGCCUAAGGGUAGAGAUCCUAUACCUAUUCUCUGAGUGCUAACAAUGACUAAAUAAUUAAUAUACAUGUAGUUAUACACCUUAUAUAGGCUCUACAAUUUUCACAUCCUCAGAACACAUCAUAAUUUAAUGACUAUUCCUCGCGCCCCCACCCCUCAAAGAAAAAUCCUCGUUAGGCCACUGCUCCUAUUAUAUCUACCUCUACCUGUAUACAAUGAUUUUAAACAAAAAUAAAUUAUAAAUAUUUCUUAAUUUAAUAAUUUAGAACUCAAUAUACAUUAACAUAUAAUUGCCGAUAUUAUAGUGUGCACGGUGACAUGGUGUACGGUAAGAUUAAUUUUUACAUUAAUGUUAGACAGGUUAGUUCCCUAUUAUUUAAAAAAAAAAUAUCUCAAUAUCAAUUUUAAACCUUUGAACUUUUGAAGUACUCUGUGAAUCCAAUAUCAAUAAUGAGAUGGAAUGGAAAUGGACCUCGUACUAAGUUACCUACUUAAUUUAUCAUUACACUCAUAAGUCAUAACUAAUAAGAAAUAACAUUUAAUAAUAAUAAUAAUAAUAACAUAAUAGGUAGGUACCUAAAUACCUAAUAAGUAACAACUUUGGUCCUUUAAAUCGAUAAUGUGUCACGAUGUUUUAUAAUUUCAUGUUUUUAUUGUCUGAAGUAUGACCCCUAGGUAUUCAAACAAUACGCUUAUAAAUGUAUUGUAUUCAUAAUAUUUGUCAAUAUUUUUGACAUCUCAAAUGUGCUAUUAUAGGUAAUUCAGUAGCAGUAUUAGACAUUCAAUAAUAGACUACCUACGUUUAAAUUCGGUUAACGUCAAAAGUUAAAAUGGCCGAAUUCAAUGUUUUUGCGAUAUACAUGUUACCCAUAUUCGUCAUAUCAUUACUCGGAUCGACUUCAAUAGCCGAUCCUGUGCAACGCGACGAAACUAUGACCAUCGUUUUGGAUUUGAACGAUAACCCGGAAAACGAAAUAAAAUACAUUCACGAUAAUGUCGAUUUAACAGAUUGGCCGAACGUUGAGUCUUCAAUGAAUUUAAUAAAAAAUGAUUCGUUUGCCGCCACACCUGAAGGAACUACUAUAAGUAACGCCACCGAAACUCCUUCCGAACCGACAAAGAAUGACCAGGCGACUAAAUCCAUCACCAAGACCAUGACUACGAAUACAAGGACAACAACAACUAUGACAAAUUCGACGACCGCCACGUCAACAUCGACGCCGACUUCGAUGUCGUCGACAACCACAUCUUCGGUGACGAUCUCGACUACGUCGACAAUGUCUGGCACCAGAAAUUGAUCCUUCAAAUUUAUUUUUUCUUCGAUAUUAACUUUCUUGCCUCUGCAUACUGCUGUACUACACGAGUACACUACUAUUAUACUCUCAUGUCGCUUACCAUCGUUAAAUAUUAUUUAAAAAUCGUUUUGAAUUUUGUACUCAACCGCGCGUACCGAUGUCUUAUGACGGUUUCCGUUUUUAUCUUUAAAAAUAAAUAAAAAUAAAAAUACACUCUUUAUAAUAAU